AUGAAUCAAGAAUCUAUUGAAUCAAUACUUGCCAGAAAACAUACAGAUCCUGAAGAGACUAUCAAGAGUAUCUUUGAUCUGAAGGAAGCAUUACUCACUCAAACAUGUCUUCCUGACCAAAGAGAAAAAGUAUGGAAAUUAUUACUUGGUGUUCGUAACAUAUCUGCCUCAAGCUAUAUCCAUCUUGUUGAACUGGGACCAAGCGCUCUUGAUGAUAAAAUACGUAAUGACACAUUUAGAACAAUGGCCACAGAUACUAGCUUUUUAGAACACGUAUCCGAAGAUAUGCUCAUUCGAUUACUGAACGCAUUUGUCUGGACUGGAGAAAAGGAUCCUCGUAUAGAAAGUAUUCGUACACUGCUUACAGACAAGCCCAUAACCAAUAUUACAUAUAUGCAAGGUAUGAAUGUACUUGCUGCUCCUUUCUUAAUGGUCAUGCCAGAGAUGGAUGCCUUUUUUGCAUUUUCGACAUUUAUCUAUAGAUGGUGUCCACUUUAUGUUCUUCCGACUAUGAGAGGUGUACACUGCGGUAUCCGUCUUUUUGAAUUAUGUUUGCGCUCGUUGGAUCCUACUCUUUAUGGUUAUCUACGUGGAAAGAAUCUAUCAGCCACUGUCUAUGCAUUACCUCCCAUCAUGACAUUUUCGGCUUGUACAGCACCUCUUUCUGAGCUUCUACAACUAUGGGACUAUAUGUUUGCUCAUGGUCUUCACUUGAAUAUAUUAUUUGUGAUUGCUCAAAUUGCUCUUAUUCGUGGAGACAUUCUACAAACCCAAAGCCCAUACAAGAUACUUCGUGUCCUGCCUCCCCUUCGCGCCAAGGAAAUUAUUGAACUUACCAAGGUACUCGUCAAGAGCUUGCCUUCUGAUCUCUACCAAAAACUAGUGUAUCACGCUUAUGAUGAAUCAGUGGCUGAUAAUCUUGGUAUUGCUGCUACUAGCUCGACAGCCAGUGAGUUGCACCAAGGUGAAGAAGAUCUGCCUGCUUAUUUAAGGGAUUUUCAUUUAUAA